AUGAGGGCAGUAUUUAGAAGUUUACCUGUAAUCAUCUAUAUGUCCCAAGAAAAACAGGCUGUUUAUAAUACGGUGCUAUUAGAUGAAGUUCUUACUGUCUUUGAAAAUCAGCCGGUCGGCAACUUCCUCUCCAAGUCGAAAGUGAUAUUGCCAUCAUAUCUUUACUCGCGUUAUUAUCUCGUUGCCAUAGUAUUCUACAAGAUGUGUAUUCUAGGAUACUAUGACUUAACUAGUUGGCUAUCUCUUUCCCUCUUAUUUAGGGUCUUCUAUAAGAUUCCUGUGACUUCACAUCAGUUCACAUUUGGCUUUACAGAGGCUUUACCAAGCACACCAUCCCAAAGACGAUUAAUGGGAUCUUAUUCUUAUCUUCGAAAUACUUUUAUGGCCUCCACUUAUUCAAUCUUUGUAUUUUUUCUAGAUUAG